AUGAUGCAGCAGCCACCGUCAAACGCUGCCGGAGCAGGACAGAUUCCAUCGGACCAGCAAGCUUAUCACCACCACCAGCAACAGUCGUGGAUGAUGAUGCAACAGCAGCAUCAACAAGGUCAGCCGCCAGCUGGAUGGAAUCAGCAGUCGGCGCCGUCACCGGGUCAACAGCAGCAACACUACGGAGCUGGAUCUCAGAAUCCAGGAUCCGAUGGUGAGAUCCGGUCGCUGUGGAUCGGUGACUUGCAGCCAUGGAUGGACGAGAACUAUCUCACGAGCAUCUUUGCUCAGUCUGGCGAGGUGCAAUCGGCUAAAGUUAUUCGCAAUAAGCAGACCGGACAGUCUGAGGGUUAUGGAUUCAUUGAGUUUGCCAACCAUGCUGCAGCUGAACGGGUUUUGCAGAGUUACAACGGUGUUCCAAUGCCGAAUUGUGAACAGAACUUCAGGCUGAACUGGGCUCAGGCCGGGGCUGGAGAGAGACGCCAAGCCGAUGGGCCUGACCACACUAUCUUUGUAGGCGACCUGGCUCCUGAGGUCACUGACUAUAUGCUCACGGAAACAUUUACGAACGUAUAUUCGUCUGUCAAGGGGGCAAAAGUUGUGACUGACAGGACCACUGGACGGUCCAAGGGAUAUGGUUUUGUCAGGUUUGCGGACGAAAAUGAGCAGAUGCGUGCCAUGACUGAAAUGAACGGUCAAUACUGCUCGACCAGGCCUAUGCGUAUUGGUCCGGCUGCCAACAAGAAGCCUCUGACAAUGCAACCAGCUAUGUAUCAGGACCCCCAAGGAGGAAAUCCUGGAGAAAGCGAUCCAAAUAACACAACAAUAUUUGUUGGAGCUCUGGAUGCUAACGUUACAGACGAUGAAUUAAAGUCAGUUUUUGGUCAAUUUGGGGAACUAAUUCAUGUGAAAAUACCUCCGGGAAAGCGUUGUGGAUUUGUCCAGUAUGCCAGCAGGGCGUGUGCGGAGCAUGCACUUUCAAUGCUGAAUGGAACACAAUUAGGUGGACAAAGCAUCCGUCUUUCAUGGGGACGUAGUCCAAACAAGCAGGCACAGCCUGAUCAAGCCCAAUGGAAUGGUGGUGGAUACUAUGGAUACCCUCCACAGCCACAAGGCUAUGAACCUUAUGGUUAUGCACAGCAGCCUCCUCGUCCUCAGGAUCCAAAUGCGUACUAUGGCGGCUACAACACUGGCUAUGGCAACUAUCAGCAGCAACGUCAGUGA